UCUGCCCCGUGCCCCCAGGAGCUGCUGUCUGUGCCAGGGAUGGUGCCCACCUUCACCCUCUGCCUGCUGGGCAGCUCCGUUCUGCUCCUCAGCACCACGCCCGGGGCUCAAGCUGCCUGGUGCCCGUUCCCCCGCGUGCCCUACGGGCGGGUGUCCCCUCGUCGCUAUUCCUACCGGACAUGGGACACCGUGAGCGUCACCUGCAACCCGGGCUACACCCUGCGGGGCCCGGGCAGGAGCACCUGCGGGGCCGCCUCCAGGUGGGACCCCCCUCUGCCGGAGUGCAAAAAGGAGGUGACAUGUCCUCGGCCACCGAGCAUCGCCAACGGGCUGCACACCGGGCUCUCCUCGGGCAGCUUUUCCCGGGGGGUGACCGUGUCCUACAGCUGCAGGGAGGGCUUUCAGCUGCUCGGCAAUGAAUCCAUCACCUGCACGGACUCCGGGCGCUGGAGCCGGACCCUGCCCCGCUGUGAAGCGAUCGGCUGUCAGGUGCCCGAGGUGCAGAACGGGAAGGUCCACAACGUGCAGAGCACCUACAGAGCUGGGGAGACUCUGCACUUUGACUGUCACCCUGGCUAUGCAGCAGAGGACUCCGAUGAGGCUCGGUGCCAGCCCGGGGGCAUCUGGGACCCGCCACUGCUCGUGUGCCACAGGGUCCGGCCGUGCCCGAUGCCUCCGGAGGUCGCCAAUGGAAAUCACAACGGCCGGGACACAGAGGGAUUCACCACGGGAAUGUCUGUGCGGUACACCUGCGACCCUGGCUAUUACCUGGUGGGAAAUGCCGCUGUGACCUGCCGAGCAUCGGGGAACUGGAGCCAGCCCCGCCCUCGCUGCCAAGAGGUGACAUGUCCUCGGCCACCGAGCAUCGCCAACGGGCUGCACACCGGGCUCUCCUCGGGCAGCUUUUCCCGGGGGGUGACCGUGUCCUACAGCUGCAGGGAGGGCUUUCAGCUGCUCGGCAAUGAAUCCAUCACCUGCACGGACUCCGGGCGCUGGAGCCGGACCCUGCCCCGCUGUGAAGCGAUCGGCUGUCAGGUGCCCGAGGUGCAGAACGGGAAGGUCCACAACGUGCAGAGCACCUACAGAGCUGGGGAGACUCUGCACUUUGACUGUCACCCUGGCUAUGCAGCAGAGGACUCCGAUGAGGCUCGGUGCCAGCCCGGGGGCAUCUGGGACCCGCCACUGCUCGUGUGCCACAGGGUCCGGCCGUGCCCGAUGCCUCCGGAGGUCGCCAAUGGAAAUCACAACGGCCGGGACAAAGCGUUUUUUACCGCUGGAAUGUCUGUGCGGUACACCUGCGACCCUGGCUAUUACCUGGUGGGAAAUGCCGCUGUGACCUGCCGAGCAUCGGGGAACUGGAGCCAGCCCCGCCCUCGCUGCCAAGGGACUGUCUGCAUCAGUCCAAUCGUAGCCAAUGGAAGGCAAGUUGGUGGCCACGGGCUUCUCUCUGCCCCCGGGCAAACGGUGACAUUUCAGUGCCACGAUGGUUACAGCCUGCAGGGCAGUGCCAGCCUGUCCUGCCAGGAGGAUGGCAGCUGGCAGCCCCCUGCUCCUGUGUGUGACAGAGCACUGCCCUACCACAACUCCUUCAGCAGGUCUCCAGGUGCUUGUGGUGCUCCCACAAGAUUACAGUUUGCUGAGCUAAACGAGAAGCAUAGAGAUGCCAUUGAUUUUCCUGUUGGGAAGACUGUGCAAUACACUUGCCUCCCUGGAUAUGCCCAAGUGCCAGGAAUGUCACCUACUCUGACAUGCCUUGAGAGUGGAGUGUGGUCACAAGCACUAGAGUUCUGUAAAAGGAAGCAGUGCAGUCACCCAGGUGAGCCUGUGAAUGGCAAGAUUAUUUCCCUGACAAAUCUCCAGCUCGGAUCUACAGUGGUUUACAGCUGUGAGGAAGGGCACAGGUUAAUUGGACAGCCCAGCAGACGCUGUGAGAUCUCUGGGGGACGUGUUGCAUGGACUGGUCACACUCCCCUCUGUCAGCGCAUCCCUUGCGAGCCACCCCCGGACAUCCCCAACGGGCAGCACUCGGGCCGGCUGCUGAGCGAGUUCCACUACGGCACGGCCGUGACCUACAGCUGCCACCGCGGCUUCCCCCUGCACGGGCAGCCCUCCAUCCACUGCACCACCCGCGACGGCUACAACGGCGUCUGGAGCGAGCCCCUGCCGGCCUGCGGAGAGGCGAGCUGUCCUGUCCCACAGAUCCAGCACGGGAGGAUCCUGGCUGCCAGGUCUGCCUACUCACACCGGGACACCGUGACCUUCCAGUGUGACCCAGGCUAUGCCAUUCGUGGCCACAGAGAGAUCCAGUGCCAGCCAAACAACACCUGGGAGCCGCCUGUGCCCGUCUGCGAGCAGGCUGGCUGCAGAGCCCCUGCCAGGCUGGGCUUUGCCGAGCUGAAGGAGCCCUACAGGAACCAGACGGUGUUUCCCGAGGGGAGCAGGGUGGAAUUCGUGUGCCAGCCUGGCUACAGCCAGCUCCUGGGGGUGUCAGCAGCCAGCACCUGCCUCAGGAACCAGACGUGGUCUGCAGUGCUGGAGUUCUGUAAAAGGAAGGAGUGCCCCAGCCCAGGGAACCCAGAGAAUGGCAGAGCUGUUGUCCUGACAGAUCUCCUCCUCGGGUCCAAAAUUAAUUACACUUGUGACACAGGGUACAAGCUGGUGGGAGGCUCCCAGAGAAUUUGUGAGGUCUCUGGCACACAUGUCUCAUGGAGUGGGGAUCCUCCUCUCUGCCAGCGUGUCACCUGCACUGCCCCUCCGGCCAUCCCCCACGGGACACACAGCGGGGGCUCCAGGGACACCUUCUCCCUGGGGGACGUGGUCACCUACACCUGCACCUCGGGGCUGGCCCCAGCUGGAAACACCUCCCUGUCCUGCACCUCUGCGGAUGGGGAGCGUGGCACGUGGAGUGGGACAGUGCCACAGUGCCAAGAGGUGAGGUGCCCUGCCCCGCCGAGCAUUGCCAACGGGCAGCACAGCGCCAGCCCCGGGGCCAGGCACAGCCCGGGCUCCGUGGUGCUCUACACCUGCGCCGAGGGCUACUCCCUGCUGGGCAACGCCUCCAUCCGCUGCACCGCCAGGGGAACCUGGAGCCGGCCCCAGCCCCGCUGCCGAGCAAUUGGCUGCACCAGGCCGGAGAUCGAGAAUGGAAAAGUGUCUGGGUCAGAGACCACCUACAACCUGGAGGACACCAUCAUCUUCGAGUGCAACUUUGGUUAUGCCUUGAAGGGCUCUCAAGAGUCCCAGUGCCAGUUUGGGGGCAAGUGGCACCCUCCUGUCCCCACCUGUGAGAAGCUGCCGCCGUGUCCUUCCCCUCCAAUUAUCAGAAAUGGCCAGCACGACAGCAAGGGGGUGACAGAGUUCGUCCCUGGCAUGACAGUGAAGUACCACUGUGACCCAGGCUAUGUCCUCGCUGGGAAAAGCUCGGUUUCCUGUUUGCCAUCGGGGGUCUGGAGCAUCCCUUACCCCCGGUGUGAAGUGAUCACCUGCAGCAGCCCCAGCAUCAAGGACGGGGAGGUGGCUGAGGGCCGGAGGGCUGUGUACCACCCUGGGGACAACGUCACCUUCCAGUGCCACCCAGGCUUCGUGCUGAGGGGCAGCCGUGGGGCCAAGUGCCAGCCUGACAGCCGCUGGGUGCCCGCUGUGCCCACCUGCCAGCCAGCACGGCCCUGCCCUCCGCCCCCCGUCAUCGCCCACGCCACGCUCAGCGCCCAGCCAGGGACCAACUUCACCAGUGGCACCUCCGUGAGCUACAGCUGCCAGCCUGGCUUCUCCCUGCUCGGGGACCCCUCCGUGCUGUGCACGGCCUGGGGCAACUGGAGCCUUCCCUACCCACGCUGUGCAGCUGGUUGUGGCACACCAACACCGUUGCUAUUUGCUGAGUUAAGUGAGGAAUAUGAAAAUCAGACUGAGUUUCCUGUUGGGAUGAGUGUGAAUUACACUUGUCGGCCUGGAUACGUGGAACAGCCACAGAUAUCACCAACUAUCACAUGUCUUGAAAAUCUAACGUGGUCUGAAGCCCAGGAGUUUUGCAAAAUGCUGCAGUGCCCUUCACCUCCCAGUAUUGCCAAAGGAACCCACGACAGUCAGGACCUGGAGGUUUUUCCCACUGGGAUGGUUGUGAACUACAGCUGUGAGCCUGGCUACAGCCUCCAGGGACAGGCAUCCAUCUACUGCACCGACUCUGGCAACUGGAGCCUCCCUCUCCCUCAGUGUGCAGGUGGCUGUGGUGCACCUCCAAACCUCACCUUUGCUGAGCUAACCAGGCAAUACAGAAAUCAGCUGGAAUUUGCUGUUGGGGACACUGUGAGCUACAGCUGCCGGCCGGGACACUCGAGACGCCCUGGAGUGCCCCAAACUCUGACUUGCCUCCCAAACCACACGUGGUCUGAAGCCCUAGAGUUCUGUAAAAGGAAGCAAUGUAGACACCCAGAACCCCCCAGGAAUGGCAGAGUUGUUGUUCUGACAGAUCUCCUUUUUGGGUCAGCCGUGAGCCACACGUGUGACGAAGGGUACAGACUGGUUGGACAGUCCCACAGGAGAUGUGAGAUUUUGGGACGAGAUGUUGCCUGGACUGGUCUGCCUCCCACCUGUCAGAGAGUGGUGUGCCCAGCCCCACAGGUGCAGAAUGGGAGGGUGGCUGUCCCCAAGCCCCGCUACACCUACGGGGACUCUGUCACCUUCAAGUGCCGCAGAGGCUUCACCCUGCGAGGCCACCCCACGUCCCAGUGCCAAGGUGACAGGAGGUGGCACCCACCUGUGCCUGUCUGUGAGCAGGAUGGAGUGUCAGAACGUUAUAACCACCCUGAGCCCACAACAAAGCCAGUGCUGCACUGCUCCAAGCCUGCAGAUAUCACCCACGGGUCUUUCCGUGGCCCAGCAAAAGCAGUUUUUACUGUGGGAACAUCUGUAAACUACAUCUGUGAGCCUGGCUUCUCCCUCCUGGGGACAGCAUCCAUUUAUUGCACAGCAUCUGGAGCCUGGAGCCAUCCCCCUCCCGUCUGUCAAGCUGUGACGUGUCUGCAGCCCCCAAACAUCAGCCACGGGAGGCUGAAAGGCAACACCUCUGCCACCUUUCCCUCCGGAGCCGCUGUAUCCUACAGCUGCGAUCCCGGUUACUCGCUGGUUGGGAAUGCUUUCAUCAACUGCACGGGGUCGGGAUCCUGGAGCCAGCCCCUCCCGCAGUGCAGAGAGAUCAGAUGUGAAUUCCCGGAUGUCCAAGGUGUUAAAAAAGCCAUUAAAGGAAGUACUUAUCGCUCUGGCACUAACAUCACUCUUGAAUGUGACGAUGGUUACGUGCUGGAAGGGAUCAGUCACACCCAGUGCCAAGAGGAUUUCAGCUGGGACCCUCCCGUGCCAGCCUGUAAACUGAUGUCCCCCAAGCCCGGGUCAGUAGGCCUAGGAGUGGCAGCUGCAGCAGUUCUGCUGCUCCUCGGAGCAGGUGUUGUCUGGAAGAUAAUUUCCAAGCAGAAGGAAGGCUAUUAUCGUACGUAUGAAAACUAUAAUUACAGAACCCCCCUGAACCCAGACACUGAACACAAAGGCUCGUGUCUGCCAUAGGAGGCUGGAAAGAGAUCUCAUCCCUGCUGCUGCUAACCAGGCACCUGGCUCGUUCCCUGCAGCCCGGAAGGCACUGCUCACGUGGAGACUGGAAUUCUGUGGCAAAAAAAAAAAGACAUUUUACUGUAAAUCUUCAAUGCUCUUCUGCUGUCAGCAGUUACUGUAAGGAUCUAAUGAGGCUCAGACUGGACAGAGUGCAGGGGCUGCCUCGGAGGGAAUUCUGCAUGCUGCUCCUGAUGAAGAGUAUUUCCUUGUCCCCAAAAAACUGAAAAACCCGAAUGCUUGUUAGGAAUAAACCACCAAUAAUGCACUGGCCAUAACCCCCAUUCCCUGUCUCCCUGUGCCCACCAAAACAUACUUGAACAAAUGUGGGAGUAACCACGUGUUUAAUGAAUGUCUUAUUUACAGCUGUAUUUCCAUCUUUAUUUCCUUCCAGCAACGCUUAUUUGCAGUGUUCCUCUACCAAUGCUUCACCUAAUAAAAGCAGAUGAUGACAA